GAUCACGUCACGUGUAGAUUAGCAAGAUCCGAGAGACAGAAGCAGCGCUCACGUGUGCAGGUCCGGCCGCCGCUUGCACGUCGCGUGCCGAUGUACGCCUACGUCGGCGCUGCAGCUGCGCUCGUGCUGCUGCUGCUGCUGCAACACCAGGUGCGCAGGUGGAGGAACCCUCGCCCACGCGACGGCGGCCGCCUCCCGCCGGGCUCCAUGGGUCUCCCGCUCGUCGGCGAGACGCUCCAGUUCUUCUCCCCCGACGCCUCCUUCGACAUCCCACCCUUCAUCCGGCACAGAUUGGCCAGGUACGGGCCGAUAUUCAAGACCAGCCUGGUGGGGCACCCGGUGGUGGUGUCCGCGGACGAGGAGCUCAACCACAUGGUGUUCCAGCAGGAGGGGCAGCUGUUCCAGAGCUGGUACCCGGACUCGUUCGUGGAGAUCCUGGGGAGGGACAACGUCGGGGAGCAGCAGGGCGCCAUGUUCAGGUACCUCAAGAACAUGGUGCUCAGGUACUUCGGCCCCGAAAGCCUCAAGGAGGGCAUCAUCCGCGACGUCGAGCGCGCCGUGUGCAGCUCCCUCUGCACCUGGUCCACCUUGCCGGCUGUCGAGCUGAAAGAAGCCGUCUCGACCAUGGUGUUUGAUCUUGCUGCAAACAAGCUGCUUGGCCUGGAGCCAUCGAGGUCAAAGAUUUUGCGGCGGAGCUUCUUCGACUUCGUUCGAGGGCUCAUCUCCUUCCCGUUGUAUCUUCCAGGAACAGCGUACUACUCAUGCAUGCAGGGGCGGAGGCGCGCGAUGGUGGUGCUAGAGCAAGUUCUGGAGGAGCGGAAGCGGUCAACAGAACUGCAACAUGGAGGACAAGCGAAGCACCAUGGCGACUUCCUGGACUAUGUAAUCCAGGAGAUCACGAAGGAAAAGCCGGUCAUGACGGAGAAAAUGGCGCUCGACCUGAUGUUCGUGCUCCUCUUCGCGAGCUUCCACACGACGUCGCUGGCGCUCACCCUGGCCGUCAAGCUGCUCGCCGACUACCCUCUCGUGCUGGAGGAGCUCACGGAGGAGCAUGACACGAUUCUGAUGGGCCGUGAGGGAGGCAGCGAGCCAGAUGGGAUCACAUGGAAGGAGUACAAAUCCAUGGCAUUCACAUCUCAGGUCAUAAAUGAGACGGUCCGUUUGGCCAACAUCGCGCCUGUUAUAUUCAGAAAGGCACUAAAAGACAUACAGUUCAAAGGAUACACAAUUCCAGCAGGAUGGGGGGUGAUGGUCUGUCCACCAGCAGUACAUUUAAAUCCAGAUAUUUAUCCAGAUCCUCUCACAUUCAGCCCAGCAAGGUUCAAGGAUAAACAGGAUGUAAGCCGUGGAUCAAAACACUUCAUGGCAUUCGGUGGAGGCCUACGGUUCUGUGUGGGAGCAGAUUUCAGCAAGCUACAACUUGCAGUUUUCCUCCAUUUCCUUGUCACCAAAUACAGGUGGAUACCGCUGGGGACAAGCAAGGUAGUCCGGAGUCCAGGACUAGAAUUUCCUGAUGGUUACCGGAUCCAAAUCAUCCAGAGAGAUUAAACAAGGCCUACCUCUACUGAUAGUAGAAAAAUACGUGUAUCAACAAUAUAAAGAAACAUUCUCAAAUUAUUCUAAACAUCGGUCUAGAGUUUAGACUAACUCACAAGAUUUAAGUAACUCAAACAACUAUCGUCGUCUUCAUUUGCACUACUCCCAAAAGACUAAUCUUUUUGUUUGUGAUAGGGGCAUCAAUUAUUUGGAAAUAACAAAACUGGAGAAAACAUGAAAAUAACACAUAGAAGCUAGGCCCUAUUCGUUUGGGAGGAGAUAAGAUAACUUACU